UCUGCAGCAGCUGGCUCAUCCUAUCAAUAAGGUUCCGUUAGUCAAGGUGGAGGAUGGGAGCAGAAUGGAACUGUCCCAGCUCCUCAAUGAGAUCAGGGCAAACUAUGAAAUGCUCAUCACCAGAAAUCAGAUAGAGACCGUCCUCUCAACAAGAACCCAGGUAAUGAGAAUAAGGAGACAAUCUAUCUCUACCAAAUUCAGCCUCAACCUCUUUGAGCUAGAAGAAGCUACAAGUGAAAGAAUGGACAAAGAUGAAGAAGCUUUAAAGGCAGCCAGAGCAGAGCUCACUGAAGCCAGGCGACAAUGGCAUCAUAUGCAAAUUGAAAUUGAAUCUCUCCAGGCUGUGGAAAGAGGUUUGGAAAGUUGUCUGCAUGCCACAGAGCAGCAGUACCAGAUGCAACUGCAGAAUUUACAAGCUGAGAUUGAAGGUUUAGAGAAGGAGCUAGAGCAAGUGAGGAGAGAUAUUGAGAAACAGCUUCAAGAGCAUGAAAUACUACUGAACACUAAGAUGAGGCUGGAGCAGGAGAUAGCAACCUAUCGCAGUUUGCUGGAGAAAGAGGAAAACAGGUUUCAUUGUUCUACACAUGAUAGAAAAGAUGACAGAAAACCUACCACCAGCAAGACAGCUUCUAUCCCACCUUCAACUGGUGCCGUAAAGAAGCAUGAAGAUGAAAAGGUGGAAAAACUGACAAAGCAAGCAAUCUUAAAUGGAAGCAUUGUGAAGGAAAGUGCUGAAGCUCAUGGCACUAUACAGACAGAAAAAGUGGAUGAAGUUAUUAAAGAAUGGGAAGGAUCUUUCUUUAAGGACAAUCCUCAUUUAAGGAAAAAGUCUGUUUCUUUGCGCUUUGAUCUCCACCUAGCAGCAACAGAUGACGGAUGUUUACAGACUAAACAAAAUAACCUACCUGACAUUGAAGUCAGACUGGUAAUGAGGAGGUCUUGCAGUAUUCCAUCUAUCAAACCUUAACCUGCAUCAAACUAACU